UCUUGCAACUGCUUCCAUGGCCUUCCACAGAGCUUCUUCAUCUUCUUCUCCCUCCUCGUCUUCCAUUCAGGAAUGGGAUGUGUUCUUGAGUUUUAGAGGUGAAGAUACUCGUACAACUUUUACUGCCCAUCUAUAUGAUGCUUUGCACCGAAAGGGAAUUAACACCUUCAUGGAUAAAGAGCUUAGAAGAGGAGAGAAAAUUUCACAAGCAAUUUUCCAAGCUAUUGAAAAUUCAAAGAUUUCGGUCAUUGUAUUCUCUAAAAACUAUGCAUCAUCCGACUGGUGCUUAGACGAGCUAAUGAAGAUCCUCGAGUGUAGAAGAACAAGGAGGCAAAAGGUUCUGUCGUUGUUCUACCAUGUAAAUCCGUCAGAAGUACGGCAUCAAACCAAUAGUUUUGGAGAAGCAUUCGCUGAACUUGAAGAAAAGUUUAAGGGUGAUGUAAUGAAGGUGCAGAUAUGGAAGACAGCCCUAAAAGAAGUGGCCGAUUUGUCCGGGAUGCCUUUGGAGAACAAGAAUGAACCUGAAUUUAUUCACGAAAUCAUUGGAUGGGUGAAUUCGAUAUUAGCAAGAAAGAUAUACUUUCAAGUUGCCCAGUAUCCAAUUGGAAUAGAGUCGCACGUAGAAGAUGUGAAGUCGCUUUUAGAUAUAGAGAAGAGGGACUGUACAUGCAUGCUGGGGAUCUUUGGAACUGGUGGAAUUGGUAAGACAACCAUUGCAAAAGCCGUCUACAACUCGAUUGCUUCACAGUUUGAAAGUAGAUGUUUUCUUGAUAAUAUUAGAGAAACUUUUGGCCAAAAGGGUAUGGUCCAUUUGCAAGAGAAACUUCUUGAUAAGAUCCUAGAAGAUUCAAGUCCAAUGGUUGACAAUGUUGAUCAAGGAAUUACUUUGAUAGGGCAAAGGCUUCACCGAAAAAGUGUACUUCUAGUUCUAGAUGACGUGGAUCAUUUAGACCAAUUGGACAAGAUAAUUGGAAAAGGUGAUUUGUUUGGUUUAGGAAGUAGAAUCAUCAUAACAACAAGAGAUAAAGAUUUACUAAGUAAGCAUAAAGUUUUAACCUAUAAGGUGAAGGAAUUGGAUGACAAUAAAGCUCUUCAACUGUUUAGUUGUCAUGCAUUUGGUAGAGACAAACCUAAUGAUGGUUAUGUGGAAGUCACUAAAGAUGCAGUACAUUAUGCUGGAGGAUUGCCACUAGCUUUAGUGGUGCUAGGCUCGACAUUAAAAGGUAGAGAUAUGCUUUAUUGGAAAAGUAAAUUGGGCGAGUACAAAAAAAUUCCUCACAUUGAUAUUCAAAAAAGACUUAGAAUAAGUUUCGAUGGAUUGGAUGAAAAUGCGAAGAAUAUUUUUCUUCACAUUGCGUGUUUCUUUAAAGGAAAGAAUGUAGAAUAUGUCAAAAAAAUACUACUCUAUUGUGGUUUCCACUCAGAUAGUGGUAUUGAAGAGUUAAAGGAUAAGUGUCUCAUAACUCAAUCGUUUCGGGGAAUAUUGGUGAUGCAUGACUUGCUGCAAGAAAUGGGUAAAGAAAUUGUUCGACUGGAGUCACCCAACGAACCUGGUGAACGUAGUAGGUUGUGGUUUCAUGAAGAUGUUCGUCAUGUCCUAAAAGAAAAUACGGGAACAAAUAAAGUUGAAGGCAUAUUGAUAGAUUUUCCUGCACCAAACCUAAUACACUUGAGUCCCAAAGCUUUCAAGAAGAUGAAAAGGCUCAGAAUGUUUAUAAAUUGUAAUGCACGCUUUUCUGGAGUGUCUAAUUUUCUCCCUAAUGAGUUAAGAUUGCUUGAUUGGCCUGAAUAUUCUGGAGAAUUUUUGCCAUCCAAUUUUUGUGGAGAGAACCUUGUUGAGUUAAAUAUGUGUUAUAGCUACCUCAAGGAAUUGAAUGGACUCCAGAAUUUCCAAAAUAUGACAGCUAUGAAUUUCUCUUAUUGUCGAUUCCUUAAAAAAAUUCCUGAUAUUUCAAGGAUUCCAAAUUUAGAGAUAUUAUAUCUUGAUGGUUGCAAAAAUUUAGUUGAGGUUCAUUGUUCUGUUGGAUUCCUUGAUAAGCUUGUUGAUUUGAGUCUUGAUUGCUGCUAUAAUCUUAGAAUUUUUCCAAGAAGCUUCAAGUUGAGAUCUCUAGAACGUCUUGUUGUUGGGGGUUGCUCAAGGCUUAAGAACUUUCCUGAAAUUGAGUGUCAAAUGGAGUAUAUAGAGUAUGUUAAGUUUGUAUUUACUGGUAUAGAGGAAUUGCCUAAAUCCAUUGGCAACUUGGUUGGAGUUAAAACAUUAAAUCUAGGUGGUUGCACAAACCUUACGAAUCUUCCAAAUAGCAUUCAUCAAUUGCAAAAUUUAGAGUACUUAUCUCUCAAUGGUUGUACUGGUAUAAAAGAACUAUCUUCAUCCAUUGGGCAUCUCGCUAGGCUUAAAAGGUUAUCUCUAAACAAUUGCACAAACCUCAAGAAUAUUCCAAAUGGCAUUUAUCAGUUGCAACAUUUGGAGGUCCUUACAAUGAUAAAUUGCAAGCAACUUCGAGAAAUUUUGGGGAUUCCUUCAAAUGUACAAUUUGUGAUGGCGGAGGGGUGUGUGUCAUUAGCAAUUUUUUUAGAAGAAGUUAGAAGACGAUUCAAUCGGUGCCCACAACAAAAGAGGCAUUCUUCGCUGCUGAGAUGUGAGAAUGAAAUGAUACUGAAGGUACAAAAUCUUGAGCAAAGUCAAAAGGUGAGACAUGAGAUGCUUCUCAACAGUCAACACCCUUGUGAUGGACUCUACCAACAUGGCAAAUUUGCUAAGGAUUUCAGAUGUAGAGGAUAUGCCUCUUGGUGAAUCGCAAUUACAUCAAUCAAAUCGCCCCCAGAACUUGAGAAAGAGUCACUCGCUUGGGUUAUAAUAAUGUACCCCCUAUAUGUGUAUAAUUCAACCGACUUAGUUCAACUUUCAGAGAAGCCGUGAUGGUGAUGGUAAUGACGACGACGACGACGACGACACCUUGGAAUCCAAUUGGUACCUACAACAAAAGAGGCAAUCUUCUUCCUCAUUUUUCUUCUUUGCUUGCUGCCUAAUUAGUGACCAACCAUGUUGUUUAUAGGGGACGAAGCGGUUAUUUAGUUAAGUUUCACAUUUGCAUUGUGGGACUUAAAAUUUCUAGUUUAAUUAGUGU